UCCACGUCUCCCGAAAGCACCGUGAGAGGUUAACCUGCCCCUUCCUCCUCUCAUGAUCAUCGACUCGCAGCUCUCAGUUCAAAAGCCAUGAGACUGGCCGCGUAUGCUGGGGCCUCCGUGGCCUUGGCCACCGGUGUGUUCUUGAAAGCGCUACACCAGAGAGCGAACUUCUACUCCGCUUGCGUGUAUCUAUCGCAGAGCAGUGCGAAUCUUAUGAUCCUAACGAACUUAUGCCUCCUUGCGACCGGUUUCAUCCUCUUCUGGCUACAGCGACUCCUAUACGGGCCCCUUCGACCUAUCGAAACUGAACAACUCUACGAGCGGGCAUGGUUUGCCGUGACGGAAACAUGUCUCGCCAUGACCAUCUUCCGAGGCGAGCUCGGAGGUUGGUUUCUGGUCAUGUUCGUUUUACUGCUGGUCGGGAAAGUCUGGGGAUGGAUUGGUGAAGGACGAGUGGAAUAUCUGGAACAACAACCCCCGGCAAAUCCAAGACUCUUCCAUAUCCGCCUAGCAGCUUCGCUGGUGUUGUCGGUCCUCUUCAAUGCGUCGAUGCUACGAUACUGUGUCAACGUCGUCAUUGAGGAAGCGCGAGCGGAUAUGAUGAUCAUGUUUGGAUUCGAGUUCGCAAUCUUGACCAUCCUGUCAACUUCGACUACCGUUCGAUACAGUAUCGCCCUGACGGAGAUCUAUAUCACCCAUCAGCAGGUCAAGGCGAAGAUGGAGGAACGCCGAGCCGAGAUUCGAGCGGCUCGUGUCGAAGCCAUCCGGGAACACGCACGCGCUGGUGCAAGCUCUCCUCCUACCGACCUCCCCGAUGAGAAUGACAUCAACGAGUUGGAGAUCGACGUUCCUGGGUGGGAGGAGAAGGGUCGCUGGGUCUUCUACCUUGACCUGCUCACAGACUUCCUGAAACUUGUUGUUUACUUGGUCUUCUUUGCCAUUCUCCUCCGCUUCUUUGGUCUGCCGAUUCACAUCCUACGCGAUGUAGUCGUGACGAUGCGAUCUUUCGGCCGUCGUAUUAUGGACUUCCUGCGGUAUCGGAACGCGACGAGAGACAUGAAUGACCGAUAUCCUGACGCCACUGCCGAGGAGGUUGCACGUGAAGAUGUCUGUAUCAUCUGUCGAGAGGAAAUGACUUCCACUCAGCCCGCUGUGGCGGCUGAAGGAGAGGCUGCUCCACAGCCAGCCGCAGCCGCACCACGCGUGCCUGAUCGUUUGCGUCCGAAGAAGCUCCCUUGUGGACACAUCCUUCAUUUCGCAUGCCUUCGUAGCUGGCUCGAAAGACAACAGAACUGUCCCACUUGUCGACGCCCAGUGGUUGCGCCUCAGCGCCUCCAAGGAGCCGCUGCCGAUGCAAAUAAUCUACCUGGAAAUGUCGGAGGUGUCGCCCAACCGAACGGCGCUGGCGGAAACCAAAUGCCUGGCCAGCCAGGCGCUCCAGGAGAACUACCUCGAGCUCGAGUAUUUCAAUUUGGUCCAUUCCGUAUUGGCUUUGGCGCUGUUCGUGGCGACCUUAUCCACAACCUUCAUCAGCAGAUUCAUCAAGGCAAUGCUCCAAUGCAACCUCCCGCAAAUGCCAUUCCACCCGGCGCGCGACAAAUUGGCUUUGGUCUUGGUUUCGGUCGCCGUCCACCCGCUCCAGCUCCCGUCCAACACGCGCCGAACACAAUAGGCUCCAGCUCCGCAGAUAUCAACGCCCAAUUACAGCAAAUUGAGCAGCAAAUCGCACACGAAAUCAGCUCUCUGCGCGCUGCAGCAGAGCAGUUACGCCGUGUGACCCAACUUCAGAUGGAGCUGGAUCGCCUUCGUUUGCAGGCCAACCCGCAAGCUCCGGCACCCACGUCUCCGACGCUGACGACAACUCUGCCAACCGGCACAUCAACCAUCACAUCGCGUCGCCAAUUUGCCUCUGCUCCGGGGGCUACACCCUUAGCUGCUGGAGACUCUCGUCUUCCAGAAGGGCUUACUCUUCCACCAGGUUGGACUCUUCUUCCCCUUCAUUCCACGGAGUUAGGUAGUGGAAACGUAGGGCAGACCGUCAACCCAACGCCUACCACAUCUACCCCGUCACAGUCCACCUCUUUAGACGGCCCACUCCCGAGUCAAGGUACCGUAGCGCCGGCUUCAGAGGCCGCCGUCGAGAACAGUCAUAAUGAGGGCGCCGAGACCAAUGCUCCAACUGCCGCACCGGUGGACACAUCUAACGUUAUCCCCAACUGGCCCGCGUCUAGCACGCCCUCAUCAGUUGAGCACCGGGCAGACUCGCCAUCCCAAGAGUGGACAGACGUGCAAUCCGAGCAUGUUCCAGAGGCUGGUCCCUCCGUGGUUCCUCCUGCCUGGGGCAGCACCGACCAAACCAGCAAAGUAGAUGCUGAUAUCGACCCUGCCCCCGCCGAAUCCCCAUCCAAGGGCAAGAACCGGGCAGCCACUGUGGAGGAGGCAGCUGAUGAAGAGUCGCCUUGAUAGACCCGGAUACCCCCUCUCAUGUACUUAUCUCUUCUCUUGCGCUCAGCCCAGAAUGGCUGUCCGCGUAUUCUCAACCCCUUUACUUUGGACAAGCGUUGCAUGGCGUUUCUGAGCAAAAAUUUCAUACCCGGAUUUUUUUUCAAUCCUUCCAACUCCGGUAUGUUCUCGUGCCUACCGAGGCACUGUUUUUAGGGUUUUUUCUUUAGAGCAAUUAUUCGCAUGCUCGCCAUCGAAUGAUGUAUAAAUUAUAUGUUCAAUGGUAUAAUCAAUGAAUUCGGGAUUUUAUGCCCAUAAGCGGGAA